AUGAGCUGUGGUUCCAAACUCGGAUUUCAAGCUGUUAAAUUGACUGUAGAAGAGCAAAAGAAGAAGACUGCUGAUAUCCUUGAUUAUGACAUUGCCUGUGGUAUGCUAGAGAAGAUUGAAGAUAGUCUGUUUCAGUGCAUAUCCUUUACACAUGGUAUAUUAUAUUAUGACAUUGAAGUUCAAAACGGUUAUCUUUAUCGUUGCUCAUGCUAUGACGAACAAUCCAAGAUAGUGAAAAGACUUUGA